AAAAAAAAAAAAUGAUGACUACUCCUCAAAAAGAGAUACUAUUGUCAAAAAAUACAUUCUUUUAAUAAAACUAGACAUGUAAUUUUGAAACCUCCAAAAAAGUAAGUAGGCACGUAAAUAAGGGACGAAGAGAGUACAAUUUAAUAGUCUUUCUCCUUAUAAUCCAAAAGAAAAAUAAAAUCCCCUUGGAUCUCAAUAUAAGUGCGUUCACAUUGGAAUUGAAGUAACUUCCUUCAAUUUUCUUCCCACUAAUCUUUAUAUUAAUGAAGAAACCAUUAAAUCCAAGUUUGUUACACAAAAUCCAAAAUAUUGUAAUACAAACUCAACAAGUAAUAAUAAUUAUAAUGAGUAGUCGUAAAUCAUAAAAGAAAUCUCGGAAUAGCAAUGGAGUCCUAAUUAAGUCCACAAGAAGAAUAGCACAUUAAGUACAUACAUACACACAUACAUACAAUGAUACAGUACAAUUGUGUCAAAUACUGAUUUGACCGAUCAACUCGAAAAAAACAUAUUCAGAUUUUAACUUAUAUGAACACAAUAAUUUAGCAUGAUUUAAGUUUAAAAAACUUAAUCCAAUCUCAUCGGACCUAACCCAUACACCCGAAUUGACAUGUCUAGAUACUACAUAGCGAAUACUCUCAAGUUAUAUAAUAGCACCGUUAGCAAAAUGACGUGGGUGACCUUAGUAACGCGCGACAAAACGUAGAAUUCAGUUACAAAUUUUCCUUGUCACCUUUCUUAGCUUCUUCUCAUUCUAUCCAAAAAAUUCAAAACCCUUCUCUUCUACCUCCUCCCGCUUUCUCUCUUCCAUCAAGUAAUACCUCCCCCCUCCUUCACCCGCUAUUUCUGGAUUCUUCAUCAUUUUUUUUUUUCUAUCACAUUUAAUUAAAUCAAAAUCAAUAACAAAAAUAAAAACAAAAAAUAGGAAAUUAAUGAUAAAAAUAAAUAAAAAAUAAUAAGCGCCAUUGAAUUCAGUUGGUGGGGUUUGAGUUAAAACAGAAGAAUUGUAACACCUGUUAGCUUCUCCCUUGUUUCACCAUUCGUCUCUUUUUCUUUGGUCAUCUCUCUACUCUCCCACCCACCGCCCCUUUCCCUUUUUUAACCAUGGUUAAUUUUUUAACCUUACUUUAGUUGCUUAUUCACUAUACUCAUCUCAGUCAUUUAACAAAAGUAGUAACUAUUUUUACUUGGAAAUAUCACUACCCUCUUAUGAUCAACUGCCUUUUUACAAAUGUCACCCUUAACCUAUACUCAGAAACUCCCUUUUUUUUCAAUUUUGUUUUUGGGUUUUUUGUUUUAAUUAUUAUUGUUGGGAUUAUUUUUGAGUUUUGGAACAUUGCUAUUUAUAGCAGUAAAUCAUAUUUGUGACAAUAAAAUGAAUAAAUAAAAAGGAGAUGAGCUCCACAUUUUUCAGUGGAGUCAGUGUGAGAUAGGCAAAGAGAGUGCACCUUCUUUCUCUCUCUUAUUCUCUCUAGAAUCACUCAAAGCCCUAAAAUAAAAUAAAUUAAAAACAUUUAUCUUUUGUUGAUCGAAAAUGAUGAUGAUGAUAGGGGGGAGAGAGAGUGGUAGGAGAAACAGGAGUUGCCAGAAUAACGAGGCGCUCGGGUUUGGGACUGGGACUGGGACUGGAACUGAAAGCACGACUAAUGGAGUUGGAGGACAUGCUGGGAUCGUUGUUUUCAACAACUCGAACGAGGCGAAUCGGUCGACGAAGCCGGUUUUAGGGGGCUGUUUUGGGGAGAAUAAAAUUCAGAGGAAGAAAAGAAUGGCUAGGCAAAGAAGAUCCUCAGUUAGUCUCUUGCCUUUUGCUUCUUCUUCUUCUACCUCUACCACCCCUCACGUGCCAACUUCUCUCUCACUUCCCGCACGUGUUGUUGAUCCAAGGAGGUUGAGGUUUUUAUUCCAGAAGCAGCUUCAGAAUAGUGAUGUAAGCACUUUGAGGAGGAUGGUGUUACCAAAGAAAGCUGCUGAGUCUCACCUCCCACAUCUAGAAACUAAGGAGGGAAUUUACAUCAGCAUGGAUGAUAUGGAUGGGAUGCAUGUGUGGAACUUCAAGUACAGGUUCUGGCCUAACAACAACAGCCGGAUGUAUGUCCUAGAAAACACUGGGGACUUUGUGACUGCACAUCGCUUGCAGGUUGGGGACCUCAUCAUGGUCUACCAAGACAUUAUUAACCUUAACUAUGUGAUUCAGGCCAAGAAUACUACACCGCAGGAGAUAUAUAACGAGUAUACAACCAAUACAGUAACUGAUUACUUUCAAGUGAAUAAUUUCGAGAUUAACAGGUACAAUCAAUUGAGCUGGAAUAACGACCCAGCAGUAAACAUGGAGGAUAACAAUAAUGCCUGCAUGUCAUUUGUUUAUGACACAACUAGCAUUGCAAAUGACUCCCCUUUCGAUUUUCUUGGUGGGUCGACAACUAACUAUUACUCAAGGAUGGGAGGCCAGGGCUUUGACCACUUUGGAUCUGUUGACAAUUUAACCCUCGACGACUUCUAUUGAAGUUUACGUCGAAUUGUGGAAUUUACUCCGACUAGCCGGAAACAUAGACGGUGUUUGUCUUCUCUUUGCAUUUGCACCAAACAGUGUCAUUUUCUUUUCUUUUUUUUUUUUUUUUUUUUUUUGCUGGGUAAGCUUACCUUCAUGCAUUUUUUUUUUUUUUUGGUUGACAAAAUGUAGCUAUAAAUAAAGAGAUUGAAAAGGAAAAAAAUAGGAGGGGAGGAAUUAUAGUUUCCUAAGCUAGUAAUGUUGUAUGUGUCAUGGUCUCAUGGAUCAACAAUUUGGUAUAUUUUGUUGUAAACUCUAAUUCAACUAUUUGCAUCUUUUGAAACAUGCUAAUCUUAUAUUCGUACUAAUUAUAUCUAAAUGGCUUGUACUAGUUUUGUUUUACAGGUUUAGGUUCGUUUCAAUGUAGACCCAUUUAUUUUUGGGUUUUUAGCAUGGCUGCCCAACUAAAGACUAAUCUUGGAGAUCGAUAA